AUGGAGUUUGUCCCACUUGCGAGCUUUGAGUUCCUGAACUCUCUUCUACAGGGAGUAGAGGCACAAGGUUGUCUAAUGACGAUUCGCCUUGAGGCCUUCACAUGCCGCAGUACACGCAAACGCAAACAGGUGGCUGCCACUAUGGCACAAUAUGCAAAUGCCAACACACCGCCCAUCGCACCGGACUGUCAUUGUGAACAACCGCCGCUGCUGCUGCUGGGGGAGACUCCACCCAUUGAAUUUGAACCUGUGCAGCCAGAGAAUAUUGACGAGCGGCUUGUCUUUCUCGUGGCUGCAUUAAACAGUAUUUACGGUGAAGACGGUUAUGAUUUCUCUGUUCUCACAGAGAAGGACUUUGUGAUAUGUGAUGAGGCCCAAGUACGGGCGGAGCUCAAUGUGACACUGCAGUCAUUGCCGGAUUCGUGCCGGCCUGCGGUAGAUCAGUUCUGGACACUUGUGAGUGAACAGGUGCAGGACGCCAGUCAGGGAUGUGAAUACUUUCGUUUUCUCUCUCCAAGCUGCGAUCCAAUGACAACACGCGCACUCUUUUCGCAGCAUUACUUUCUGUACAACAGACGUUCUCGGUUGGUGGUGUCGCUGUUGGUGUAUGCAGAGGGGAAUGCGUAUCGUGGCGAUGAUGGUUAUAUUGCCGGUAAUGGAUUUUAUGUAGAGAGUGACGAUAUAGCGGUAGAGAAGGAUUGCAAUGGCAAUAGCACCAGUGAGGAUGUACUCUGGCGCUGCACACCGGAUACCCCGGAGACUCCAGAAAGAGAAAGAGAAAUAGGUGGUAAAAACCGCCAUUUUUACUGUGGUAACUAG